AUGCGAACCAAUACUUAUGAAAGAAGUCACGAAAAUCCUGAAGGGAAUUCAAAUAAAAUAACUGUUAAAUUUCCUCAGCAACUCAUAUUAGAUUCUAACUUAAACUUUUCCAUUGAUUCAAGAGGAACUAACAAUCGAAGGGAUAAUAUCAAUGAAUUAGUGAUAAAUCGUAAAAGAUGUAUACAUUCCACAUUAGUUGAUUCAUUUUUACGAAUGUUAAGGCAUAGUAGUGAUGAUACAUUAAGACAAAAGAUAAAUGAUUAUUCCAAGCGAGAUAAUAAUGGUAAUGAUAUUAGUAAUUAUGAUAAAUGUAGGGUAGUUAAGAAUGAAUUAUAUGAGAAUUGGAAAGUAAGGACAGAUAUUAUAAAUUUUUGUGAUAAAGAAUCUCAAAAUCUUAAAAGAGAACUUGAUGCGAAAUAUUCAAAUAACAAUUCAAAUGACAAGCCCGUUGAUCCACGGUUGGACCCCUAUGCUGCUAGAGAUUAUCAAGAUGAACAAGAAUCGCAAUAUGGAGAAUAUAAUAAGAUGAGAACAUGGGUUGCUAAUAAUUUACAUAUUGAAUCUAUAUUACAAAAUACGAGUGAUCGAAUAUUAAAACAAAACUGUGACCAAAAUAAAGAUUAUUUAAAAGAAUUUCAGGAUCUUCUGAAAUAUAGUCAAAGGUAG